CAUGAGCUGCGCGUGCUGGGGCUCCCGGCUGUUUAUCCGCUCUUAACGGCUACUCUCGAGACACCCGUGCCCUCGUACGUACUUUGGCAGGCGCGCGUGUAACGUAUCGUUCGUGAAACGUGCGCGAGGGGUGAGAUCGACGUGUUUCGCUUUCAGUUUGUACCUGUGGGGUGGCGAAUUUUUGCGGAUCGAAUUCGGGGGAUCGAUUUUUCGAGCGGUUUUCCUGGUGACGGUGGGAACUAGGCGCGUUCUCCCUGUUUGCCGAGAUCGAAGAUUUCGCGAGAUCGAUGUGAGGUGGUCCCUCGCCGGAUCGGGACGGAAGAAUGACGUUACGGCGCGCGGUGUAACGAACUUGCGACGAUGAUAACGCCAGUGUCAGUGCAGUGGGGUUAAAGUGCCAGCCGGUUUAUGGAUAACCACGCAUCGCUGAUUGGCUGCACGAGUGCGGGCACGUAUCAUACCGACGAGUGCGGCCAGCGUCGUGCCGAGUGACGCGCAUCGGUGUUUUAAGUCUCCGGCUCUCUCGGACCGCUCGUGGACCACUCUCACACGUGGUGGCGUGCGAGAGAUGAACGAAUGACCGGACCGCGGUGAUCUGUGAUACGCGAUGAGGCCGAAAUCUUGCUCGCUGUUCCUGCUGUUCUGCGUGCUCCUGCCCGGAGUGGUUCGCCCCUUCACAUCUGGCGAGGAAGGUGAAGAUGCCGCAGAAGAUGAGGACUCGUAUCUCCUGGAGGAAGACGAUGUGCCUUCGGCUACAAUAGCCAGUGACACCGAGCUCAUCUCCGAGGGCGGUGUUCAUUUACCGGUUUUUCUCACGGAACCCGUAAACUCGUUCGUUGUAAAGAACAAACCUGCCACGCUGCAUUGCAAGGCUGCUCACGCGCUCGAGAUUUACUUUCGUUGUAACAACGAGCGGGUGAAGGACUCCCAGCAGCAGGAUUUCGUGGAUCCGCACACGGGAACAAGGAUUGUUGAUUGUGAGCUCAACGUUACGAGAGAUCACAUCGAGGAGUACUUUGGCAAAGACAAGUUCAAGUGCGACUGCAUUGCUUGGUCCGGAUCGGGGCAGAUCAAGAGUCAGCCAGCAAUCAUCGAUGUUGCUUACUUGAAGAAGCAAUUCGAGUCGCCGCCAUACUCCGUGUCGGUCGAGGCAGGCCAGAGUACCGAGCUCAGGUGUCUGCCUCCGGUGGGAGUGCCACCACCUAGAGUUUACUGGUUAAGAAAUAAUAUCCCCGUGGACACCGAGUCGGACACGCUACUAGUGUCCAGUGAGGGCCAUCUUCUCAUCGGUCAAGCGAAACUCAGCCAUCAGGCAAACUACACCUGCGUUGCCGAAAAUAUCGCGGCGAAACGACUAAGCGAGCCAGUCAGCUUGACGGUAUAUGUUAACGGCGGCUGGUCUUCCUGGUCCUCCUGGUCGGAAUGCCACUCGAGAUGCGCGAAAGGCGGUCAGAAGAGGACGAGGACAUGCACGAAUCCGGCGCCCAUGAACGGCGGCCAGCCGUGCCUCGGUCCGUCUCAGCAAAAGAUGGACUGCAACACAGCCUGCCCUGCCGGCGCUUUGGAGGAAUUCACUAAUACCUUGGUCGUGGACGGCGGAUGGUCCAGAUGGUCGGCAUGGUCGGUGUGUGGGAGCGACUGCACGCACACGAGGAGGAGAACGUGCGACGAACCCCCGCCCAGCCACGGUGGGCGACCUUGCCAGGGCAGGGACAUCAGCGUGGCGAAUUGCACUGGCGGCAUGUGCAACGUCGGCAACGCGAAGGUGGGCGGCGCUCAUUUGACCGAGGAAGCGAAUCGUCAGAUGGACGUAGCCUUAUAUGUCGGUCUAACGGUUGCCUGCGUGGUAAUUGGCGGCUUGGCGAUCUUUCUGGCGAGACUCCUGCGACGCAAAGGUCGCGAUCACUCCUUGUACUCGAUGGCUCGUAAUGAAUUCCAGCCGGAGUUCUUCCCGGACCAGGACAAGAAACUGAGCCUGCAGCCGGAUGUGACGGCGACGAGUGUGCCGGCCUGCUACGAGUAUCCUUUCGACCCGAAGCUGUCGAUGUCGAGAUCCCUCUCAGAACACCAUUACGACGUGCCGCACUUGUCGAUUGCGCCCCAGCCGUCGCCGAUGUCGCCCACGCCGAGUACGUCGACCCAGGAAUCCUGCAGCGACAAGCAGAUCCAUUCCGACAGCGAGAACAGUGUCACUAGCUCGUACCCCUCCUCGGAUUCGACGUAUAACGUCGCCUCGGAGAGCGUGCGGCUGCCGAAGCUCGAGGCCGGAAACGUCGCCAGGGCGGCAGUGAACACGCGCGGCGCCCUGUUGGUGCUCCCAGACUCCGGGAUUUCCAUGUCGGUGCCCGAGGGAGCUGUUCCGAAGCCGCUGCGGGAGGAGCUCUACCUGGCCGUGCUCAACGAGGAUCGUUACAGACCCCGAUUACCCGACGGGAUAACCCAGUUAUCGGCUGUGGUGACCUGCGGCCCGUCGUCCGCGACCUUCAACAAGCCUGUGAUCCUCCAAUUCGAGCACUGUGCCAUGUUGCACCCCGCAACCUGGGAACUGAGCGUUUGGGCAUGCGACGGCGUUAAUGUCGACGACGGCUCCUCAUCGAUGACGUCAAAAGACCAUCAGUCAAUUACGUGGACCAGGGUGCUGACUCUGGGCAACGAGACUAUCAACACACCGCUGUUCACGCAGCUGGAUCACGCGGAGGCUUUCAUCGUGACCGAGCAGCUUCGCGGUUACGUGCUAGCCGGUCAGAGCUGUGAGAAUUCGAUUGCCACGAAACGACUACGACUGGCACUGUUCGCCAGUCAGGCUGGCCAGUGUUGCGUUCGGGUUUACGCCGUGGAAGACACGAAGGCGGCCAUGAAGGCCAUCAUUGAUCGUGAGUCGCAGAUCAGAGGCUACCUGUUGGACAAACCGCGUACGUUGCUGUUCCAAGACAACGGAGAGUCGCUCUGCGUCAGCCUCGAAGAAGUCGGCAACGAGUGGCAGAGCAAGUCGCCCACCGAGCGUCAGGAAGUCCCGUUCCGAGACAUUUGGAACUGCCAGGAGAACGCCAAGCACGUGACCUUCGGCCUGGAUACGGCCUUUGGCCCGACCACCACGAGGAGCUACAAGCUGCAAGUCUCGCAAGGAAACUCGGACACGAGGCAGGUCUUCAGAAUCGUUUACGACGGCGCGAAACAGUUGAUCUCGUCGGGUAGCGUCACGAGACCGCUCAGGGAAGUCACCGUGGUCAGCAGCGGACACGCCAACAAUGCCACGACGGACUCCACCACGCUGCGGCCGUUCCGCUUUACGAGAUCCUUGAGGAAGCAGCUCUGCCAGUGCCUGGACCCGCCGAACGCUCUGGGAAACGAUUGGCGAAUGUUGGCGCAGAGGCUUCAGGUCGACAGGUACAUCAAUUACUUCGCGACCAAGGCUAGCCCGACCGAGCACAUUCUGGAUCUGUGGGAAGCAAGGCACCGGGAACCGACAGCGGUGACGGAUCUACUGAACCACCUCAGAGUGAUGGGUAGAACCGACGCCGCCACGAUUCUGGAGGCGCAGCUCGGCCCGUGGCUCUGAACAAAAUGGAGAACCGGAUCUUGGAAAGUGUUUCCAGCGGUGAGUGAAAGUUCGUUGCACGCCCACCCGCGAUCACGGGCGAUCAGUGAAUCGGUGGGUGAUCGAGCAGCGAUCGGUGAACUCGAGAUCGACGUCCACAAGUGAGCACAGUGAGUCGGAUCGCUGGACCGCGCGAGUGAGAGGAAGGGCGAAGGGAUGAAAGAGGAGGAGAAUGAGGAGAACUCGGUUCUCCGAACGGACUCAUCGAAACACUGCCUUAAUUGUGCGCGACAAAAGCGCACUGGUACUUUGUAAAUAAACGUGAGUUAGCGGGAAGCUCAAAGAUCCCCCUUUAGGAAGGGAUCCCACGGGCGCGUGAAGGACCACGGCCCGAGAAAUGCUUAUCCGAGAGGCUCAAGAGCGUGGUCCGUCAAGGGAAACCGUAUAUAAUCGUGACGAAGUAAUUAGGGACUGUGCAUUUAGACGGAUGUACAUGUACAUACAUGCUAAGAACACGCGCGCAGAUGCAGAUGGGAUAUAUCCAUUCUAGAUGGAUGUUUAUAUAUAUAAAUAUAUGUUAUAUAUAUAUACAUAUAGAUUAUAUAUACAGGACACCAAGUAUAAAGUUCGAGCGGAUCGGCAAUACCAAUCCGCGACACCUCGACGCGAUGACGUAAUUUUUCAUCGAUUUGUUAGCAUGAACGCACGCGAGCACGAGCGGGUGAUUAUUAUUUUUCAGAGAAUCGUGCCAAAAUUACCUCGGUUUCGUAAGCGUAUGCACUUCCGUUAUUGUUACAACAGAGUUUCGUGUAACGGCCGUACACAUCCUUUUUAUGCGUGUCGACAAUACAGAUCGCGGUACAUGAGGUAACACGACGGCGUCGCUCCGGGGAACGCGGAGCAACGCGCGCGAUCGCAUAAAACGAGCUAAUUACGACAGACAUGAUUUAAAUCGACGAUUUAUUUGAGAGAAUUGUAUAUUUGUUACUUUCGACGAAUAAAAUAUUCUUGUAUACCUCAGAGUCA